AUGCUCUCACGUGCGAACACCUAUACGCAACUUUUCGGGCACGCAACCAAUUGCCAGAGGAAGGAGGCAGGCAGGCAGUACGACGAGCCUGCAAUCCGCGGACAAGCCGAACCGAACUGCGAUCAGCGGCACGAAGCCUUCGGCAUAAUCUGGCGAUUGAAGACCACCGUAGAUAGCAGCUCGGUGUUCAUAGCUGAGCUGGCAGCAGGCCCCAACAACGCGAAAGCGCCGGCGGAACAUCAGAAGACCGUAGUUGAUGCUCUCCCGGGGAAGAUCGAGAAAGAUAUGGAGCGAAAGGAGAAGAGGACGGAAGGUGAGAAGAAGACGAAAGACGAGAAGCCAGAGGAGAAGAGAACAGAGGACGGCAGCAACCCAGCUAGUGGCGAAGUGACCCUACCGACCAAGAAAAAGAAGGCGUCCCGUGGAAGGGCCCUUGGCCACAGAGGCCGCAUCGAAGAACGGAUGUCUCGCCUGCAGGCGACCACAUCACUGGCGGGACUGUAG